GGAGGCACCGGGCAGAAGCUCACCUACGCCACCACGGUGGUUGCUGGCGUCGCGUCCUUAUCAGCAACUAUCGUGUCUCUGAUAUCAAUAUGGCUCCAAACCAAAAACUACAGGAAACCGCUGUUGCAGCGAUAUGUCGUGCGCAUAUUGCUCAUGGUGCCUAUCUACUCGAUAUCCUCGUGGAUUAGUUUGGUCUCCUUUACAGCCGCACAGUUUGUCGAUCCAAUACGCGACAUCUACGAAGCCUUUACGAUCUAUACCUUCUUCCAGCUUUUGAUCAACUACCUCGGCGGUGAGCGGUCUCUCAUUGUCCUCACCCACGGCCGGGCCCCCGUCAAUCAUCUGUGGCCCCUGAACCAUGUCUUGUCCCGCGUCGAUAUUUCCGACCCAUAUACCUUCCUCGCGAUCAAGCGUGGCAUUCUACAGUACGCCUGGCUGAAGCCCAUCUUGGGCAUCUCCGCCAUCGUUAUGAAGGCGACUGGAACAUAUCAGGAGGGCUACAUAGGCCUGAGUUCAGGCUACCUCUGGAGCGGGAUUAUCUACAACAUCAGCGUGACGGUCAGCCUGUACUCGCUCGGGCUGUUUUGGGUGUGCAUGCACGACGACCUCAAGCCCUUCCGGCCUGUGCCCAAGUUCCUGUGCAUUAAACUCAUCAUUUUCGCGUCCUACUGGCAGGGCUUUGCCCUCUCGAUCCUGGUCUGGCUGGGUGCGAUCCCGGACGACGUCAAGGGCUACACGCCCGACAACCUGGCGGCGGCGAUUCAGGACGCUCUGAUCUGCCUCGAGAUGCCCAUCUUCGCCGUGGCGCACUGGUAUGCAUUCUCAUGGCACGAUUUUGCAGACAAUAGCCUGUCUGCGGCUCGGAUGCCCGUCUGGUAUGCUUGUCGGGAUGCGUUCGGGCCCCGGGAUCUGAUCGAGGAUUCGAAGGAGACCUUUAGUGGAGACAAGUACAAGUAUCGCUACUUUGAUGCGAGCGACAGGGUCAUGGCUCACGAGGACUCGAAGUCGAGAUUGGCGAGGCUGAAGGCAGGCAUGCGAUACGAGAGGGGCGGUAAGGGAAAGUACUGGCUGCCGAGCCCUGGCGAGAUCAACGAGGGCACCUCCCUGCUGCGCGGCGAGGCGAGUCGGGAUAGGGCGCAAAUGACGCAUGGCGCGCUAGACGAGGAUCCUACUCUGGAUGACGAGAUGGAGGGACUAUAUCGGAAGGCCAAGAAGCUGGAGUUUGGCGACUGGAACUAUCCAGUCGUGACGGCCAACAAACCGUACCGGGACAUGUGGAUUACACCACAACCGAGCUUCGCUCGACUGCCUGGUAUCGAGCCCCGAUCGUCCUCAUCGUCUCCAUCGACCGCACGCCCAACGCCAAGGACAAGGACGCCC